AUGGGAGGAAAUUGUUCAAAUUGUAAUUAAUGUUAAAAAGAUAAAAUGGAAUUAAAUAAUGAGGUAGAGGUAACGAAAAAGUCAGAUAGUUAAAAAGUAUCAUCUUUAUCACAAUAAUCAUCGAACAGUUUAAUCGAUGGUGUAAUAAAAUUGAAAUUUAUAGAAAGAAUGAUGUAAAGUAGACAAAGUGCACUCCAAAAGAAUAAAAGAAUAAAAAGUUUUCUGUAUUUUCUGAUGAUCAAGAGAAAGAAAAAAAGAAAGAGAGUAAUUUAAAUGAAAAGGCUAUAGUAAUACAAAAGAAUUGGAAAGGGCAUAAAGUAAGAGAAAGUUAUAAGGAAGUAAAGAAAUCGUUAUCAGAAUCUUAGAAGGGAAAUGAGAAGCAAGAAUAAUAAUAAUAAUAAAAUGAUCAAGUUACAGUAGCAAGUAAAGAUAAAAAGAAAUACUUUAACUCAUUGGAAUUUGGAAGUAAUAUAUGAAUUAAUAAUAUUGUUAGUGAAUAAUGUGAGUAAUUAUUAAUCAAGAGAGAAGAGACCUUUAUUUGUUUUUAAGAGUGGUGCAACAUAUGAAGGAGAAUGGGUAGGAAAUAAGAGAGAUGGAAAAGGUGUGUAGAUUUGGCCUGAUGGAGCAAGAUAUGAUGGAGAAUGGGUUGAUAAUAAAGCAUGUGGAAAGGGUAGUUUUUAUCAUGUAGAUGGUGAUUCAUAUAUUGGAGAAUGGGCAGAUGAUAGAGCAAAUGGUUAUGGUGUUUAUAAGUAAAGUAAUGGUGCUGUGUAUGAAGGAUAUUGGAGAAAUGAUUAAUAACAUGGAAAAGGAGAAGAAAAAUGUAAUAUAUAUUAUGAAUAAGAUAGGGUCUGAUUUAUCUUGUUAUAAAGGUGAUUAUUUUGAAGGUAAAAAAUAAGGAAAAGGAAAGUAUAUUUGGCCUGAUGGUAGUUAUUAUGAAGGAGAUUGGUAUGAUAAUAAAAUUAAUGGAUAUGUAAAUCAUAAUUAUAUUCAAAUUAUAGGGAGAAUAUUAUUGGUCAGAUGGCAGAAUUUAUAAAGGAUCAUGGAUGAAUAACAAAAUGCAUGGAGAAGGAUUAUAUCAAUGGGCUGAUGGAAGAAUAUAUCAUGGUUCUUAUGUGGAUGAUAAAAAAUAAGGUAUUGGAAAAUAUAAAUGGCCAGAUGGUAAAUAAUAUGUAGGAGAAUGGCAUGAUGGUAAAUAACAUGGAAAAGGAAAAUAUAUUUUAUCUGAUGGAAAAACUAAAUUUGGAAUAUGGGAUUAAGGAAGAAGAUUAAAAUGGACUGAAGAAUGA